UAAUCUGAAUACUUCUUCUGUACAAACUUCAUGUCACAACAAAUUUUUCCUUUUCAGCUCUUUCCUGGAUUUUUCUUUUUGGAAGAUUGUCGUGUUACCAGAAGUUGUAAUUUCUUAAGCACGUAAAUCAUGUCUGACGGCGAGGACGAUUUUAUGUGCGAAGAUGAAGAAGAUUACGGACUGGAAUAUUCAGAGGACAGUAAUUCCGAACCCGACGUAGAUCUUGAGAAUCAAUAUUACAAUAGCAAGGCCUUAAAAGAAGAUGAACCAAAAAGUGCAUUAACGUCGUUUCAACGGGUGUUAGAUUUGGAAGGCGGCGAAAAGGGAGAGUGGGGUUUCAAGGCGCUUAAGCAGAUGAUUAAAAUUAAUUUCAAAUUGUCUAAUUUUAAGGAGAUGAUGGUCCGCUAUAAGCAAUUACUUACCUACAUUAAAAGUGCAGUAACACGAAAUCAUAGCGAAAAGUCAAUUAACUCAAUUUUGGAUUACAUUUCUACUUCUAAAAAUAUGGAGUUGCUGCAAGAUUUUUAUGAAACGACAUUAGAAGCACUUAAGGAUGCCAAAAAUGAUAGGCUGUGGUUUAAGACAAAUACCAAACUAGGAAAACUUUACUACGAUAGGCAAGAUUACAAUAAGUUGGCCAAGAUCUUGAAGCAGCUUCAUCAGUCCUGUCAGACGGAUGAUGGUGAAGAUGAUCUUAAGAAGGGAACGCAGCUUCUAGAAAUUUACGCUUUAGAAAUACAAAUGUACACCGAACAAAAGAAUAACAAAAAAUUGAAGGCGUUGUAUGAGCAAAGUCUUCAUAUAAAAUCCGCAAUUCCUCAUCCCUUAAUUAUGGGAGUCAUAAGAGAAUGUGGGGGUAAAAUGCACUUACGCGAAGGCGAAUUUGAGAAGGCGCACACUGACUUUUUUGAGGCGUUUAAGAAUUACGACGAAUCCGGAAGUCCUCGUCGUACUACUUGCCUCAAGUACUUAGUCUUGGCGAAUAUGCUUAUGAAGUCGGGAAUCAACCCAUUUGAUUCUCAAGAGGCGAAACCAUACAAAAAUGAUUCAGAAAUUUUGGCAAUGACCAAUUUGGUUAACGCUUAUCAAACCAAUGAUAUUAACGAAUUUGAAUUAAUUUUGAAACAGAAUCGGCAAAAUAUUAUGGAUGAUCCUUUUAUUCGUGAACACAUUGAAGAUCUUCUGAGAAAUAUUAGAACUCAAGUAUUGAUUAAACUAAUUAAUCCAUACACGCGAAUUUAUAUUCCUCACAUAUCGACGGAAUUAAAUAUUGAUGUAAUGGAAGUCGAAAAUCUGCUGGUUUCUUGCAUUCUAGAUAGUACUAUUCAUGGUCGCAUCGAUCAAGUUAAUCAGGUUCUACUUUUGGAUCGUACCACUGUCAACGCAACUCGUUAUAAUGCCUUAGAUAAAUGGACAAACCAACUUAAAUCUUUACAUAUAUCCAUAAUUAACAAAAUGGCGUAAAAUUCGACGAUAUUUACGAGAAAAUUAUUUAUUGUUUUGUUCUCUUUGUCUGAUAUUUUGAACCAUUUUCCAUAAUCAAAUAUGUCCCAUUAUGUUUAGCCAUUAAAUCGUUUUCGUUAGAGAA